AUGGAAAUAGUAACUUUCGUUGGAAUACUUCUCUUUUUAUAUAUUAUAUAUUUUUAUUUUCGUUAUUUUACCCGUCCGAAUCCUCUUCCUGGUCCAUUCCCAUUACCAUUUAUUGGGACAAUUCUUCAAAUUGGGUUGGACCCUCGCAAAUGGGCUGAAAAAAAUUUAAAUGACUCUGUAGAUAUCUGGGAAUAUUACAUUGGCCCUUUUCGAGUUAUAGUUCUCUGCGACGCAAAAUACCUUGAUAAAAUAUAUUUGUCAUAUAAUAAAUCAAAGAAUUUAUCGAGAGAAACAAAGUUUUUUAAACGCAACAUUGCCGCUCAUGACGAAGUGGGAAUAACAAGAGGCGUAGUAUUUAAUAAUGAUUUUCAUAAAUGGAAAAGAAGUCGGCAAUUUGUCACUAAAAUUUUAAUGUCAAAAAAAUAUCAAAAUGGAUUAAUAAAUAGUGUUCAGAAGAUAUUUAAGGGAUUUGAAAAGCAAUGGGAUGAAAAGAAUAUUGUAACCUUGGAUUUUUCCGAAUGGAUAUCUCUUUAUAAAGCAGAAAUAACAAUCGCGACUGUUAUUGGACAACCACUAUAUAACUUACCAUCAUUUGAUUCAAUUUCCAAAGCUGCAUCUGAAUACAUUGCAAUGUUUGCUUUUAUAGUUUUUGUACCAAAAGUUAUUAGUAAUAUUGUUAUGUUACUUGGAUUUAGUACUAUGAAAAAGAAGUCCAUUUUCUUGAAUGGUACAAUGCGUGAUAUUAUUAAAAAACGUAGGAAUGAGAUUAAAGAUGGAUCACCAACAAAUUUUAAUUUAUUGGACUUAUUGUUGAUUUCUAAUUCAUCAAAAGAUUCUGAAGACUAUAUCGAGGGUGAACAACCUAUGGAUGAUGAUGAAAUUGAGAACAAUCUUGCUGAAAGUACUGCAACUUCUAUUGAGACGAGCAGCACUGCUCUUUGUUUUCUUAUCUAUCAUAUUGCCAAAAAUCCUUCAGUUAUUGAAAAAAUUCGUGCAGAAGUUCUUAAAAUAUUUGGCUCAGAUAUAAACUCAAUAAUUACUUACGAAGCUCUUGAAAGUUGUCGAUAUAUAGAUGCAUUAGUCAAAGAAACAUUACGUCUCUCAACUCCAAUUCCAUAUAAUUUACGAAUGCUCGAUGAUGAUGAAAGAAUGGGUAAAUUUGAUUGGUCAUCUGGAACAUUGUUCUGGAUUGAUCAUCACCGAAUAAUGAAUGAUCCUAAUCGUUGGAAGGAACCAAACAAAUUUAAUCCUGAUCGAUUUCUUAGUGAAAAAAAUGGAGGCACGGGCGAAUAUAGUAAAAUUUGUAAGAAUGGAUAU